GAAGUGUAAGAAUUGUGGGUGCACAGACAUUGAUGUGGACCAGGCACGAGGAGUUGCUGUUUGCAUGGGCUGUGGCUCUGUGCUGGAGGACAACAUCAUCGUGUCCGAGGUAACCUUCGUGGAAAGCGGCGGUGGAGGAUCGUCUGCCUGUUGGGCAGUUUGUCGCUGGUGACUCGUCUGGAAAUGUGCCACAAUUGGGAACAAACUUCCACACCGGGGUGGGGAGGGAGUCCAGAGCUGCCACUUUGCAAAAAGCUAGGCGGCAGAUAAUCCACCUCGGUCAUCAGCUCCAGAUGAAUCAGCACUGUCUGGACACAGCCUUCAACUUUUACAAGAUGGCACUUUGCAAACAACUGACUAGAGGACGAAAAUCAGCCCAUGUCAUUGCCGCCUGCCUCUACCUCGUCUGCCGGACAGAGGGGACACCUCACAUGCUGCUCGACUUGAGUGACCUGUUGCAGGUGAACGUGUAUAUUUUGGGGAAAACCUUUCUUGUUUUAGCCAGGGAGCUGUGCAUCAAUGCACCUGCUAUUGAUCCGUGUCUUUAUAUUCCGCGUUUUACGCAAAUGCUGGAAUUUGGGGAGAAGAGUCACGAGGUUUCGAUGACGGCAUUGCGUCUCUUGCAGAGGAUGAAGAGAGACUGGAUGCACACGGGACGGAGACCUUCGGGCCUCUGCGGAGCAGCUCUCUUGGUUGCCGCUCGCAUGCACGAUUUCCGUCGAACAAUUAAGGAAGUGAUUAGUGUGGUAAAAGUCUGUGAGGCUACAUUGAGAAAAAGGCUAAAUGAGUUUGAGGACACGCCCACCAGUGAGCUCACCAUUGAGGAGUUCAUGAAGGUGGACCUGGAGCAGGAGUGUGACCCACCCUCAUUCACGGCUGGACUCAGGAAGCAAAAACUAAAACAGAUUGAGCAGGAACUUGCAAAGAAAGUCGAUGAUAUUGAAGGUGAAAUCUGUGGGUAUCAGGAUGAGAUUGAAAUAGAGCUGGAAAGCUGUAGGCCCAAACCCAGAGGGAUUUAUGCAUCCUCUUCUAGAGAAGAUGAUGUCAUAUCCUUAGCAUCCUCUAGUCUUCUUGUUGGUGAUGAUGGAGAAGACGAAGAGCUUAGGGCGGCAGCAUCUCACCUGUGCAAAGAUUCAGGUUUUGGUGAAAUGGAUGCAAGUAGAGAUGAGCGGAAGGAUGACAAAGUUUCCCCAUCCAAACGGCCAUCGUUGUCAUUAUUGCUUGGGACGCUGCCCACUGCUGCCAGUUUGGGCCUGCCUGAGUCUAUAACCAAAAUGAGAGAGGAAAAAGAAAACGAUGUAGAGAGCGAAGAUGGUGAGCUAGACCUUAGCGGUAUCGACGAAGACGAGAUCGAUAGGUACAUCCUAAAUGAAAAGGAAAUAAAGGUAAAGACCGAGCUGUGGAUGAUUCAAAACGCAGACUACCUCAAAGAACAGAAAGAAAAGGAAGAAAGAAUAGCAAAGGAAAAGGAGGAGGGUACAUAUAAAGAACGGAAGACUAGAAAGCCAGGGAAGAGGCGUGAGCCGAUUAACGCACGCACUGCAGACGAGGCCAUUGAGAAGAUGUUAGAACAGAAACGCAUUUCUACUAAAAUAAACUACGAUGUUCUUAAAGACUUGAAUAAAACAAACCCAAAAAGUCCCACUCGCCAGACAGAAGAACCUUCUGAUGGGGUGAAAAGAACCCCCGCGAGUCGCCAGCCGAAACCCCAUCUGUCUUCACCGAAGAUGAGCAAAACUGUCAGCAGUUUUGGCAAGAGGUUACAGCCCUUGAUAUGUCCCCAGCCCUCUAAGAAGGUGGCUCUUGACCAGAAAGGUUCUGGCCUUCCAUUGGCCGCCCCUGUCCAGAAUGCUGUUGUUGUGGAAAGUGGACCGGUUUCAUAUGAAGAUCCUACAGGUGAAGAAGAGGAGGAUGAAGAGGAGGAACCUUGCAUCAGUGCCAUGGAUUUAAUGGGUCAUGGUGGUGAUUAUGGGUUCGAAUUCGACGAUGAUGAUGGAUUUUAAAUCCAGGAUGUAUGUGAGGGUGCCGUUGGACGUAAUGCACCAACUUAUCCUGCUGCUUAUUACUACCACAAGAAAGACAUCCAGCCUUCAUCUCACUGGCGUUGGUGAUUCUGUUUGUGAAGAUGAAUUGUAAACUUUACACACUACAGGGAUAAAAAACAAAUUUCAAGUAAAAGAGAACAAACUACAUGAAUCUAUGCCCUUAAAUAACAAGCACUCAUUCACGCGUUUGGUGUGAUUAAACCCCACAUUCGUGUGUUUGUAAGUGCUGUCUGCUCAUACGUGUAUGUAAUAUAUAACUUUCAAAGUCACACCUGAGCCUGAACUGUGCAGUUAUAUAACACACUCAGCCAUCAUUAAUCAUCAGGUAGCCACAUAUUCGCUGCUGUGUGCAUGCAUAUAUUAUAAUUCAAACAUACAGCGGAUAACCAGGAGUGUGUGUGUGUGUGCGUGUGUUUGCGGAGAUGGAGAGUGAUUAUUCUCUGGGAGUGUGUAAGCCUGCUAGCUAACUGCAUUACUGUGUGUUUUAGUGUAAUGAUGACAUAUGAUAUUGCACAUCUAAAGCGAUUAGCCCCACAGAAGCCCUGUGUGCAGACGUGCAUGCACACGUGCCUUUGACUAUUGCUGUGUACAAGCCUGAAAUACUAUGACUUUUAAAACCAAAGUGUUAAUAUUUAAACCAGAUGUACCUCUGUUUGCUUAGUUAGCAGCCUUGAGUGACUUGAUUCAAUCUGAUUUUUUGACAGUGUUCAAUUUUGCUCACUUAGCUGGUUUUCUAGUGCCUUUUUAUUAUACAGCGACUUACUGGUGUAGUUUGGGCUAAUAGGCUGCUAUUUAUUUUAAGUAUAAUGUUUGCAAGGUAUUAUUUUUUGACUAGGAAAUAAUGAUUUUGAUUUCAGUUGAUUUCUGUUUUUUUCCUGUUUUAGUAUUGAAACAUUAAAAUAACAUGAGUGCUUGAAAAAUUCAUUCCGCAUGAAUACUGUUAGGAUAUGGAGAAGUUUUCAUUUUGAGUGUUUACAAAAUGCAAUGUACAUUUAUUUUCAUAUUAAGAAAAUUGAGGAUUUUUUGUGAAAUAUAUCGAGGUAAGCAAAAUAACAUUAAUAGUUGUCUACGGGUAUAUGUCUGAGAAUAAGAAUCAACAGUGUUUUAAUGUGAGCACACUUGAUAUUUAAAAGUUGGUCCCUGGAGAACUUUCAUGUGUAUUUCAAAAGAAAAGUAUUCUGCAUUUUGUGUAGGAGUUUAAUUUUUUUUACAUUAUUUAUAGUUUGUUCUCUUCCAGACCAAAUUAGUAUAAUUUAUGUCCUUCUUAUAUAUGAGGAUUCAAAGGGUUGCUUCUGUCAUGUAUACUGUAUCAUGUCACAUUUGAUGUUGGUAAAUGCACCAAACUGUUACAGUUAAAUGUAAAAAUGAUCUGAUUAACCAUUUAUAGCAGUCCAGUGUAAGUAUUAUUUUUUCAUAUUACAGUAUUUUGGCAGAGAGCGAACCCACAAGAUUUACAGAUACAAACCAGGAUUAUGUAACUCGAGUUGGAAAUAUCUUGACCCAUUCUGAUAAAGCAGGUGGCCCAAACAUCUUUUACUGAGGAUUCAAUUGACAUCAUCAUAAAUGUUACAUACAAUACUGAUGUAACUCUAAAAAAGACUUUUAUGUGAUCCUGAAAAUUGUGUUCUGUUUAAUAAAGAUCUUCUUCAGAAGGAA